GAGCAUUGCAGAGAGCUUCCCAGCCGCCUGAAUUGCCGAUCUUGCCUGUAACUCUUCUCUUUGGAUCCUUCCUAUUCGAUCCUGGCAACAUGAGCGAACCGGCACCACCGCCCGCCCCUCCUUCGGAGGCUGCCAUCAAGUCCCGCGUCGUUACCCACAUGAACAAAGACCACGGCGCCGAACUAGAGCACUACCUACGCGCCUUCAACGGCCUCUCCGCCCGCGCCGCUGCGGGCGCCCAAAUUGUCGACACGUCCCUCGACGCCCUCACGGUCCGCACAGCCCGAGGCGUGCAGCACACCAUCUCCAUUUCCCCGCCUCUGGCCUCCUACGGCCAAUCCCGCGUCCGGCUUGUAGAUAUGUCACAGGUUGCACUGCGGAAGCUCGGGCUGAGCGAUAUCAAGAUCGAUGAGUUUGCGCCGCCUAGAGGAUUCCACUGGGUUGUUUUCUUCGCUGUGGCGUUUUACUUCUUCGCCGCCGCGACGAGGAGCUUUGUGGUGCCGAAGACGGCGGUCUGGGACACGCUGGAGGGCGUUUUUCCCUAUGGGGCGGAGGGUUACAGAUGGAUUGUUAAGGCGAUAUUUGUACCGGUGGUGGUGAUUCAUGUCACGGAGGCGUGGUGGAUGGUGAAGACGAGGCUGGGGCCGCAUAGGGUCGGUGCCGGGGGGAAGGUGUGGUGGUUGUGGGUGGCGACUACGUUUACGGAGGGGGCAAUGGCGUUUAAAAGGUUCGAUGGGUUGGUGGAGGCGGAGAGAACGAGGAGGGAGGGGUUGAAGCAUUGAAGGGCCGUUGUGAGACUUGCUGGGGCACGGGACGGGGAACUUCUCGCUAAUUCCCGAGUUUGACAUUCCGAGACGACAUGAAAUAAACAGAAUGCUGGGUGAAUGCAAACCAUGAUAUAUAUCAACAGAAGUGAGAUGAAAUGUAGAUAUGCUACCAUCUCCCAUGGAGUUUCGUGCGACUUAUUGCGAG